CCUUCCGCUGUGUAGGCUUAGAGUUAUGGUCCUUUGUGACAAGAACGGCAACUCCUUCAUUGAAACGCAAUGUAGACUCGUGUGGGCCAGAGGGACUUAGUUUGGAAUGUUACUUCAGUUUACCGUGGUGUCUAUUCGUGGUGGAACAGAUAAUGUGAUAGAAUGUUGAUAUGUGUGAUGUUCUACGUAGAACCAGAUCUUACAUAGCUACAACAUUCAGCGGCGGGAAGACAGGCCUACAUUCAAACCUCUCUAGUUAGGGAAGCGCUGAGGAUUCUAACCAGAGACCUUCGGUUUAUCAAACAAAAUCUCUACCGCUUAACCACAUUGUUCUACCUCAGUAUUCUGAUUACCCUUUUAAAUAAACAACAACAAUAUCGAAAAAUACCAAUAAACAAAUCAAUGAUCUCAAAAAAUGUUUUAUCAAUAUAUGUUUUCUGAUCAAGAUCUGAAACCAAAACAAUCUCUUUGUGGCUACAACACUGGAUAUAUAACAACAGUAAUAGUUAUUUGCAGUUUACGGGAGUAAAUCAUGGCGUCGCUUGCAGAAGACCCUGCAACGAUUCCUGUAUACCAGACUUCCACAGAGGAGGCUAUAGAGAGCGCCUUACAGGACGACCGCAGCCUCGACGACAUCGCCAAAAGACUAGACACUGAUGUCGUCAUCGACGCCGACCGAUCCAUCGAGGUGGAUCCCUCCGACAGUAUACCCAGAGACUCCGACACUGCUUCCAACGCAAGCAGUUCACGGGAUGCAGAGGAUAUAUUCGAGGACGAUUACAGUCCGAAAUCGAGUCCGAUUUCACGUAAGCGAUUACCAAACGGGAAGGAUUUGAAUGGUUCUCUAAAGUCAGACCAACAGAACACUAGUUCUUUUAACGGGAACAUUUCAGGGAAUUCCCGAAAAAGUUCGGCAGGCACGAUCUCUUUGGGAGCUAAAUCCACAGCAGAAACAGCUAGUCUUACCAGUAAAAAAUCUGUCAGGAAAAACCCUUUACAGCUGCUGAAAAAACUGACAAAGUUCGACAAACCGAAACAGAAACAUGCAUAUAGAUCUGAGUUUGCUGCAGUGGUCGUAGACAAGCUUCCUCAGGUGUUUGUAGCUAAAUAUUUAGGUCACAGACAGGUGGGCGGUGUGUGUGGUCUACAUCACGUGAGGAAACCUGUUGACGAGAUGGUGACAGCCAUUAGGUCUAAGGUUGAGGAGGAGAAGUCCAAGCUCGAACUUCCUCUGGUCUAUGUCGUCAUUGGCGCCAAGGGCAUCGACGUCCGUGAGCACACGAGUAACACUGUCAAGGGCGUGGCGCCAAUGGGUCUGAUCCCCAUCGACUUCAUCUCCUAUGGAGUGCAGGACAUUAAGUACUGGAGAGUCUUCACUUGCAUUGUGGUCAGGGAGCUGUCCUCGAGGUCAAGGGUGGCCACGUGUCACGCCUUCCUCUGCGAUUCCGCUCACAGCUGCCGAAAGUUAGCGGUCUCCCUGGGCGCCGCGUUCAGCAUAUACGCCAAGCAACUCAGCGCAGACGGCAAGUCCCACAACUUCCAGGUCGAAUUGCGCCCUCCGGAUGAAUUGGCCGAUAAACUAAACACGGAAUUCGAGGCUUAGAGCAAGUUACCUUCAUACACGCACAAACUAAUACGAGAUUUUGAGGGACACCUUUUUGGUAUAUUCACAGAAUAAAUUCCGAAUGCUAGACUUAUAACCAGAAUGAUGGCUAUAUUCAUACACGGAACAUUCUGUUUUCAUCAUAAAGUCAUGAUGUAUUCACACUAUAUCGGAUUCUGUGAAGUCAUUUUUCAGUUGCACGGUGCUACAUGCUACAUGCUUUCAAUAGGACAACAAACAAACAACAACAUUAUUUUGUUGCGAUUUAUUUUUUGGAAUGUUUCCAGGAAGUUAUAAAGACACCAAUUCAUAUAGUCCUAUUUAUUCUUAACGUAAAUAUAUCAUUUCCAUAUGUGUCAAUGUUGUACAUUAUGAAUGAUUGUAAAGUGUGUCAUGUUUUUUUCUGCAAAAACAUUUACAUAGAAAUUUUGAGUAUGCAUGAGGUUAAUUUUUUUAUGUGUUAAGAAAGCCGGACUUACCGGCCGCUCAGGGCAUCCACGUACUUAAAUCUGGCACUGUUGCUGUGUACGACAUUUUGAUAAAACUCUGAUGCUAAACUCUCGCGACUGUUUAUCUUUUAAUACAUAUGUGUAAUGUUGGUGGAGUCUCUCGAAGUUUCGGAGUCUACCAAAUGAUUUUAAUCUCCAGAAAAAUAGAUUUUAAAAAGUGAAAUUUACAGAGACUCAACAUUUUGGACCAGUGGCGUCACCAGGGGGGGGUGCGGUCCGCACCGGGUGACACCCGUUAGAAAUGAAAUACAAACUAGUUGCUUAAUAAUUGGUGGAUAUAAAGUCCGAAACUGGAAUAUCAAAAGACGUAUGAAGAAUAGUCAUCAGGAUUGGAAAAUCGGAAAACAAUGGCAUCCGGCUACUAAUACAACUUACAAGGAAGUCGUUGCUAUGAUUGAUGUAAAGAAGAAAAACAAUGAAAGGAUAUAUUGCACAGAAUGUUUCUAUACAAUCAGAACAUUUGACAUUGUGUGACGACAUUAACGACGAUUGUAAUGGAGAACAAAGCUGGUGAGAUCUACUUAAUAUCUUCAAAUGUCUAAAAAGGAGUGAGCUUGAAUAUCUGAUAUGUGGAGCUCAGAAAUAUAAACAAUGCAGCUUCGAUGUAUGGAGCCAUAAAGGAGUACAGAAAAUUAUAAGAACUACAGAAAAUUAUAAGAACUAAAUGAAAAGCUAUUUAAAACAUGUGUAUAAAAGUUCCCUGUUCAGACCUUGUGGUCUAUAGUGCUGAUGAUGUAAAGGUCAUCUGUUUAUGUGGACUACGGUUAACAAGGGUAUUAUGUGGUCAGCGCAACGACCAACCGCCUUUACUUUUCCCAAACUAAUGUCAGGCACCCAUUGGAGCUGGGUGGACUCAUAGGCACCCAAAGAUCCUGAAAUUAAAAAUCCCAGUCUUCAGCAGGAUUUGAACCUGCCACCCAGAGUUUGGAAGCCAAGCGCUUUACCUCUCAACCACCGCUUCUCCAAUAGAUGUGUAUAACAUUCACUUAAUCUAUGUGGUCAUUCUUUUUCAGAAAAUGCUUCUUGCCUAAAAUUUUAAUGUAAUUGAAAUUUUUCAAUCUUCUAAAAUUAUUGCCUUAAGCUCUAUUGCCAGAUGUCUUUUAUUUUACCUUUCUUUGCUUUAUUUUUUUGUGCGCGGAAGAUGUACUAGAAGGUCAAAGAUACAUAAGAGUAGGCCUACCUUUAAACUAUUGACAAAGUGGUGGCUAAUGAAACUUUUUCUUUACCAAAUGCAUAACACAGUCGACCAUGGGACAGACGACAGGGUAAAUUUAUUAAAAAUGAAAUCUUUCAAGAAAUUACUUUUUGGUUAUUGAUACCGUUUUGAAGUUUGAAAUCCAGAAAAAAAAACACACUGUAAUUUACUUAAGGUUGCAUUGUUGCAAAAUUGAACUUUAGAUAAAUUGUAACAACUGAAUUUCUAACUUUAAUUGACAUUUUAUUGUUGUUUAACAAUCUAUUAAUGUAGUUAAUUAUAAAGUCUGUGUGUAUUAUGGCGAAACAAACAAGAACACGAAAUUUUUCUGUGUGUGAGUGGGGGGGGGGGGGAGCGGCGGGUGACACCCUGAGUGAACAACACCGGGUGACACCCACUCUAGUGACGCCACUGUUUUGGACUAUUCUGGAAAGACGGCACUCGUCAAAUUAAUGAAUCGGGGCACUGCCCUAUAUAAGUCACGUUCCAUUCAAUAUCUCAUAUCGUUAGUAUGUAGAUUUAAUUUAAUAUAUUUAUAGCUUUGAAUAUAAACUAUUUUGAAAUAUGUCAUAUUUAAUUAAACAUGUGAGAAGUACUGUCUUAUAUUUUGGUAAAUAUUAGUAGAACUUAUGGAAGUAAAGGAUUGUUGAGAGGUGUUUGAGCACAUAAGACAUGUCAUUGUUCCUUGUUCUUUCAUCGUAUGAGACAUGUCAUUGUUCCUUGUUCUUUCAUCGUAUGAGACAUGUCAUUGUUCCUUGUUCUUACAUCGUAUGAGACAUGUCAUUGUUCCUUGUUCUUUCAUCGUAUGAGACAUGUCAUUGUUCCUUGUUCUUACAUCGUAUGAGACAUGUCAUUGUUCCUUGUUCUUACAUCGUAUGAGACAUGUCAUUGUUCCUUGUUAUUUCAUCGCAUAGUUGUUUUGUUAUACAUACAGAUAAAUUAUUUCUUUCAUGUUUUGAAUUAUGCUCUGUUAAUGAUAAUAAUAAAGCUUAUCUUCGAGUCUAAUGAUUAAUGCGGAAUGCAGUGUUCCCCGUGGCUACGUAGCCCCAGCUGCGAUCUACAUACUUUGCCACAUCCAGCACAGACAUAACCAUUUUCAGUGUGUGAGCGAGUCGUGAUUUUGGAUGAUUUUAUAUUAUUUAUUAUGUCAUGUUUCGUUGUUUAUGAUUAAUCCAAUCCCUAUUUUGUGGGCGUGUAGAGAAUGUAUGUUCUUGUUGAGAGCUUUCGUUUCGUCAGUGCCACUAUCGUUUCAAGGAACAAAAUUAAUUGACCAGCGGUUCGUGGAGUGGAAGAUGUGUUUGUUUAGAGCGCUAUGGCCCAAUGCAGUGCCGUAUUUAGACUUGAAAAGACCCUAAGCUAUUAGAGAUAUGGCGCCCUUUUUGGUGCCUUUCUAAGUCCAGAUAUUAAUUUUGAGUGCUAAAUAUUUCUUUGGAGCCCUAAGCUACAGCUUUUGCUGCUUAUGGGUAAUUCCUGCCCUAAACCGACGCCUUCACUACUUCCACUAACACACGUUACAAUGGAGUGCAUGCAGGCUCCUUUCGAGACUACGUCAUAGAUAAUCUAGUUUUCAGGCGACUGCAGGUCCUAAGGAGGACCCAAAGGAGGACAAGCCAUUUAAAGGAUGGUAAAGCUAUACAAAAAGAUGACAAAACCAUACGAAGGGAGGACAAAAAAAGUAUGUAAAAAUUAACUUUUAAAACUUCUAUGUUGCUGCUGAACACUUACAUCGAUGUCGCACUUUAACGCUUGCAUGACAAUACUUCAUUGACGUGUUGGUGUGUUUAAACUUCAAGAUUAGAAAGAUUUCAUUGGAUUGAUUCCAUGUAGCUUUGCGGUACAUAACAUUCUGAAAAACGUCCAUUUUCACAUCUUACAGGCCAAUGACUGCCAGACGAAGAACAGGAUGAUUUUGUCCUCCUUUAGCCGGACGCCUGGUAACGCGGAUAUGAGAAUAUGUAAUUGUCCAUGUUUAUUUCUUUUCUAUUGACACAUAAAACAAACGUCCUUGACAAUGCUAAAGCUGCACCGUUUUACAAACUCAAAGAUAAAAGACUUCCUUGAAAAUGUUUACUCAAGGUUACUUACAAAUAACAAACAUGGACCGAUCGUCAUUAUUAUGUUCUAGACCAAAACCUCCUGCAGGACAGAAAGGGUUAACGGUGGACAAGGUUUGAACUGUAGACUAUCAUGAUGACACUCCAGUAUGUGUGUGGGUGUGGGUGUGUGCAUUCAGAAAACUUUCCCAAUGCCUCGCAACGCUGUGUAUUUAUUUUUUAUUUAAAGUGUUACGAAAAAAAAAAUAUUCCGUUAAAUAAAAUCAUUGACUUAUUUUUUUUAAAAA